UCGGACUACAGAAAGGAUGUGCUAUAUUUCCAACCAGGCUUGAAACUUAAUUUGAAAUGCCCAUCGUAACCGGUAUAUUUCAAUUUUUAACAGGAUCUCAACGUGUGAUGAUGGCUGCAGUCCAGUGAAUUGGCAUUUCCUUUUCUCUGCUGUUGGGAUUUCUUGGGAGCGCGUUGAUUGAUUUGUCUGUGAAUUUUAGCACGUUGGGGGUCAUCAAAGUGGUUUUACCUUUACUAUCAGGAUCUAUGGAGUGUACAUAAACAUUCGUUGGAUUGGUGUUGGCAAGUGGGUGCAACAAUGUGGGUUACUGGGAAGGGGAUACCGAGAAGACCCUAAAGCUGCUGUAACCCUUCUCCCACUGCCUCCAGUAGUCUGAGAAGGUCAGACUUAACUGUGGCGCGCCUGGGCCGCUGGCACUAAGAUGUCCCUAAGCAGUGGCACUGCAGGCGGGAAAGGUGUGGACUCUAAUGCGGUGGACACUUAUGACAGCGGUGACGAAUGGGAUAUAGGUGUUGGCAAUCUGAUCAUUGACCUUGACGCAGACCUAGAAAAGGACAAACUUGAGAUGUCUGGCACUAAAGACGGUGGGGGCAUGGCUGCCCCUCCCAGCGCUGUAGCAGCUCUACCCGACAACAUAAAAUUUGUUAGCCCCAUACCCGCUGCUCAAGGUAAAGAGAGUAAACCCAAAUCCAAGCGAAGUAAGAACUCAAAGGAAAGUAGCAAGGCCUCGGUUACAGACGGGGCAAAGAAAGAGGCCCAGGUGCGAACCCAGGGCGAGGUUACGGGACCCGGCAUUGGCACAGGUCCCACAACAAACACCAACUCUGGAAAGGGUGCUGAGAAAAGCAGCAAAGCCUCCCGUAAUGUUCCUAGUGGAAAGAAAGACAAGGAGGUGGGCUCUGGGAAAAGUAAGAAGGAGAAAAGUGAAGUUGUGGCUACAGGAGUGGCUAAUACUGAGAAGGAGUUAGGUGCCCCAAAUCUGCCUUUGGGGGGCCCUCGUAGCGUCCCAUUUGAGGGUACGCAAAAUACAGACUUGGCUGUGGCCGAACCACUUGGGAAUAUCGCCCUGGAUUCCACAGGGAUUGUUGUACCACCGUUAGCCAUUAAAAGUGAUCCAGAAGAGAUGGACAACAGUGAAUGCAGAAACCUGAAGAAAGUGAAAAGUGAAAAGCGGGGGGAGGGGGUGGUGGAAGGCUUCAGCAUGUCGGAUGCCAAAGAUGUGACAUACCUGAGUGCUGCUGCUCUGAUAAGGUUUCUGACAGACACGCUGGAGAGUAUUGACAAGCCAUCUCUAGAAGAGGCUUUGCACCAGGAGAUCAGUUCCAACUGUCCGCCAUAUGUCACCGCCAUACGCUGA